UAUUUCAGCGAUACACUGGCUAAGUAUCGAAGCGAACUUCUACAAAUUGAGGUGCUACUUUUUCUUGACAACAGCGGCAGCGUGAGCGAGGAGAGAAGCCUCCGUGGAAUUAACAAACCCUUCUUAACUCCUACCUUCAAUAGAAACAAAAAAGAGAAAAAAGUAGCGAGCGGGAAGAUUCCUCAGAGACCUUUGAACUGGAUCGACGGUGGGCUUCGCACUGGGAUCAAAUCUCCUGAGUGCUCUAUAGACGCUUAUGUGAUGGCAGAGUCCCAGUGUAUUCUGUUUCCCGACAUCAUGAACUUUGGCACUGCCCGGAUCGUCUCCACCAAAAGCCCAUAUUUCGCCGGACGACUGAUCACUCGCGUCAUUGUGGACUUGAAUUCAUAUCGACGAUACAACGGAUCUUGCGAUGAUGUCUAA